AUGUCGUCGAGAAAGAAGAUCUCCAUGAAGAGCCCGCCGAAGCUGGUGGGCAAGGGGCUGGCCGAGCUGCCGGACAAGCAGCUGUACAUUUGUGGCCUCUUGGCUCAUGUUGUGGUUGUUUCUUCUAGAUGGUGGUCAGCCGUGGUGCGUGAAAACGGAUGGUGGGAGCCUGGAUCACCGCCACCGAGAUCGGAGUUCAAUGAGAGGCUGAAACGAGUGGCAUCCAGCCAAUCUGGUGUGUCGGAGCUGCAGACCCCCCUGAAGGUCCUGAAGGUCCUGAAGGUGGCGGGGAGCGACGAAGCAAAGGAGGAGAAGGAGCAGGACAAGACACCAGUGGCCACAGACAACGAGGACCAGACAGCAGUGGCGACGCAGGUUACCUCUGGCAAGAUGUGCCCAGCACCUGAGGGCAGCAGCAGGGAAGCAAAGGAGGAGAAGGAGGACAAGACACCAGUGGCCACUGACAACGACAAGCCAGCGGUGGCGACAAGGGUUAGCGGGGCAUCAGAGGCUGCAAAGUCGCCUGGGCUGGCCAACCUCUCGGCAACGACCAACCGAGUGGCCACCCGUGCGACAGACGCUGGAGGAGGCCACAAAGUGGCUGAGCAAGGCUAUCACAGCGGCAACAUCAUGGGCAGCACGACACGCGCCGGUCUUGCUCAACAGCGGCAAGGAGCUGCUGAUGAGCACCCACUUUUCGGGGCUACUCGGCACCUGCAGCAACCAGCAGGACUUGUGAUAGCUGGGGCUGCAGGAGAAUGCGGCGGGCAAGAAUACGACAAAUAG